AUGUGUAUCGGUCGAAUCAAUACAUUUUCGGAUAAACGAAUUUCCGAUAAGAUAAAGUCAUCUCAUUUGAGAUCCCUACAAUUAGAAACCUUGGAUAGUGUAAUGGAUUCCACUAUUACUAGUGAUAAGCUCGAUACAGUAUUAAAAUCAAUUGAUGAUAGUAAUAAUAUGAAACGUACUCAAAAUAAGUUAAUUCCUCCUGUCAAUUCAAUUCAUAUGAUGAAAAGAAAAGAAAUCAUGACAAGAAGUUUAUUUGUAUUGAGUAGGGUGUUAUAUGCAGAAAGCAAUUUUUGA